GCCCCGUCCUGCAGCCAGGUCCUUCGGGCAGGCUGUUCGGCCCGUGCAGCUCGUCCCGUCCGUGCGUCCCGCGCGCUCGUCCGUCGCUCCGUCCGGUCCGUGCGCGUUCGUCCCGCUCGCUCGUCCCGCUUGCCCGUCGGCCCCGUCCCGCCAGCCGACAUGGCCAAGCCCGUGACCGACCAGGAGAAGCGGCGGCAGAUCAGCAUCCGCGGCAUCGUGGGAGUGGAGAACGUGGCCGAGCUGAAAAAGGGGUUCAACCGGCACCUGCACUUCACUUUGGUCAAGGACCGCAACGUGGCCACCCCCCGCGACUACUACUUCGCGCUGGCGCACACGGUGCGCGACCACCUGGUGGGGCGCUGGAUCCGCACGCAGCAGCAUUACUACGAAAAGUGCCCCAAGAGGGUUUAUUACCUCUCUUUGGAAUUUUACAUGGGUCGAGCAUUACAGAACACCAUGAUCAACCUUGGCCUACAGAAUGCCUGUGAUGAGGCCAUUUACCAGCUUGGACUGGACAUCGAAGAGUUAGAAGAAAUUGAAGAAGACGCUGGGCUUGGCAAUGGUGGUCUUGGGAGGCUUGCUGCCUGCUUCCUGGAUUCCAUGGCAACCCUGGGACUUGCAGCCUAUGGAUAUGGCAUUCGGUACGAAUAUGGAAUUUUCAAUCAGAAGAUCCGAGAUGGAUGGCAAGUAGAAGAGGCAGAUGAUUGGCUCAGGCACGGGAACCCCUGGGAGAAGGCCCGUCCUGAGUUCACGCUGCCAGUGCACUUCUAUGGAAGAGUGGAACACACCGAGGCUGGGGCCAAGUGGCUUGACACCCAGGUGGUCCUGGCUCUGCCCUAUGACACCCCGGUGCCUGGGUACAUGAAUAACACUGUCAACACCAUGCGCCUCUGGUCGGCUCGGGCCCCAAAUGAUUUUAACCUCAGAGACUUUAAUGUUGGAGACUACAUUCAGGCUGUGCUGGACCGGAAUCUGGCUGAGAACAUCUCCCGCGUGCUCUAUCCCAAUGAUAAUUUUUUUGAAGGGAAGGAACUACGAUUGAAGCAGGAGUAUUUUGUGGUGGCUGCUACCUUGCAAGACGUCAUCCGACGUUUCAAAUCUGCCAAGCUUGGCUCUGCCACCAGUGCUGCAACUGCCUUUGAUGCCUUUCCUGACCAGGUCGCCAUCCAGCUCAAUGACACUCAUCCUGCCCUUGCCAUCCCAGAGCUGAUGAGGGUGUUUGUAGAUAUUGAGAAGCUUCCCUGGUCCAAGGCCUGGGAGAUCACCCAGAAGACCUUUGCAUACACCAACCACACAGUGCUCCCCGAAGCCCUGGAGCGCUGGCCUGUGGAGCUGCUGGAGAAGCUGCUGCCUCGGCAUUUGCAGAUCAUUUACGAAAUCAAUCAGAAGCAUUUGGAUAGAAUUGCAGCCCUCUUCCCUAAAGAUGUUGACCGGCUGAGAAGGAUGUCUCUGGUAGAAGAAGAUGGAGGCAAAAGGAUCAACAUGGCGCAUCUCUGCAUCGUGGGCUCCCAUGCUGUGAAUGGUGUGGCAAAGAUUCACUCAGAUAUCAUCAAGACGCAAGUAUUCAAGGACUUCAGUGAGCUAGAGCCAAAAAAGUUUCAGAAUAAAACCAAUGGAAUCACUCCGAGGCGCUGGCUCUUACUCUGCAACCCAGGACUUGCAGAGCUGAUAGCAGAGAAAAUUGGGGAAGACUACGUGAAAGACUUGAGCCAGCUAAUGAAGCUGCAUGAUUUCCUGAACGAUGAUGUCUUCCUCCGGGAGGUGGCCAAUGUGAAGCAGGAGAACAAGCUGAAGUUUUCUCAGUACCUGGAGAAGGAGUACAAGGUGAAGAUCAACCCAUCCUCCAUGUUCGACGUGCACGUGAAGAGGAUCCAUGAGUACAAGCGGCAGCUCUUGAACUGCCUGCACGUAAUCACCAUGUACAACCGCAUUAAGAAAGAACCUAAGAAGUUGUUUGUGCCCAGAACAGUUAUUAUCGGUGGCAAAGCUGCCCCAGGCUAUCACAUGGCCAAAAUGAUCAUAAAGCUGAUCACCUCAGUGGCUGAUGUGGUGAACAACGACCCUGUCAUUGGCAGCAAGCUGAAGGUCAUCUUCUUGGAGAACUACAGAGUGUCUCUUGCUGAAAAAGUCAUUCCAGCCACAGAUCUGUCGGAGCAGAUUUCCACCGCAGGCACCGAAGCCUCGGGGACAGGCAAUAUGAAGUUCAUGCUGAAUGGGGCCCUGACCAUUGGAACAAUGGAUGGCGCCAACGUGGAAAUGGCAGAGGAAGCUGGGGAAGAGAAUCUGUUCAUCUUUGGCAUGAGAGUUGAUGAUGUGGCUGCUUUAGACAAGGAAGGGUAUAAGGCAAAAGAAUAUUAUGAGUCACUCCCAGAGCUGAAGUUGGCUGUGGAUCAAAUAGAUAAUGGUUUCUUUUCUCCUAAGCAACCAGACCUCUUCAAAGACUUAAUCUCCAUGCUAUUUUAUCAUGACAGGUUUAAGGUCUUUGCAGAUUAUGAAUCGUAUGUCAAGUGUCAAGAAAAAGUCAGCCAGCUCUACAUGAAUUCAAAGGCCUGGAACACAAUGGUACUCAAAAACAUAGCUGCCUCAGGGAAGUUCUCCAGUGACCGGACAAUUAAAGAAUAUGCUCAGGACAUCUGGAAUAUGGAGCCUUCAGAUCUAAAGAUAUCUCUAGCCAACGAAGCUAGCAAUGGUGUGAACAAGUAAAUGGAACGUAAGUUAAGAAGUGUCUCCAGGAUGGAAAAAAGCUUCUCCCUGAACUGAACGUUUUUAUGACCUUUUUUGAUUUUUUUUUGUUACCUAAUAAUAUAAUGAAAUAUCUCUAGGAAUUGGAAGGGCAAGUGUUUGAUUGUAUUGGGAAAAAAUAAAGUUAUCAAUCUCCAAAAACAA